AUGGGGGAUACCGGCGGCGAUAUUGUGAGCCGUCUGGCGUCCAGCUCGGGCCCCUCGAUGGUGAUCGAGGAGCUCGGCUACGGGUGCACCGCGAGCAAGGAGUACAUGAAGGAGGUGGUGGGGCUCAUGCCCGCGAUGGACGAGCGGGAACUCGCGCGGCUCGUCGGGGUGCUCGCGCGGACGCACAGCUCGCUGGACGUCGCCAAGUGCGGCCAGACCCUGGCGUCCCUGGCCGCCGCCGUGGGCAUCGCGGCACCAUCCGCCGCUUCGUCGGCCGCGACUUCGUGGAACUACGAAAACGCCGUGGACGCGUUGAGGGAGGCGUCGCCGAACCUCAACUGGUCCAACGCGAUGGCCGCGCUGGACCACGAGGGUUUCAGCGUCCCCGACGGCAUCGCGUUCGAAGCCAUCGCGCGAAUGUUCUCCAGGGCGGUGAAGGACAAGGAACCCUUUCCCGUGAGCGCCGUGGUUGGGGGAUCGGCGUGGAGAAACGCGCCCCUCGGGCAGCUCGAGUUUCUGUACCACGCGAUCGUGGCGGCGCCGGAGAUGUUCCCCUGGGCGUUCUCCAGGCGUAAGAUCGCGCCGGUGGAGGGUUUGGCGCCGGGCUCGUCCCCGACGGGCACGCCGAACCAGUGCUGGCUCAGCGUCGAUCUGUACCUCACGCUCGCCGCGCUCGCGCAGUUGGGCGCGGGCCAGUUCAGCGCUAAGGUUCGUAACGUGUUCGAGAUGCCCGCGCGGGGUUGCCCCGAGAUCAUCGCCGUCGGUGCCGCCGCCGCGAUGGCGGAGGACCCGACGUGCGCGCCCUUCCUCGCGGAUGUUUGCGCCGCGGUGCUUCCCCCGUACCUCGUGUCGCCCGGGCACCCGUCGGCUCCCGUCGUGUUGCACCGGGUGUGGGCGUCGGGUCAACACGGGCAGGAGUGCGUGGCGAGGGCGAUGGCGGAGACGCACGCCAGGGAGGGCGCCGCGCACGUCCCGCGCAUGCUGGACGUGUGCCAGGAUCUCAAGGCGCUGUCCGCGGUUUUGGACAGAGCGCCCCACGCCUUCGCCGUCGAGCUCGCGGCGCUGGCGGCGAGGCGGGAGUACCUCAACCUGGAGAAGUGGCUGCAGGAGAGGUGCGCGGCGUCUGGGGCGCAGUUCGUCGGCACCUGCGUCCGAUUCCUCCGCAUGAGGGCGACGGGCGCCGAUGAGUCACCGGGCGCGCCGAAACUCGCGGUGGAGACGGCGGCUGUCUUCUUUAAGGUUUUGCAAGCCGGAGCCGGCGGGUUGCCGCCGGAGCUCCAGACGGAGCUCCGCGCGGCGAUGUCCGAGGCGGUGGCGGCGAAUCCGACGCUCGCGGGGGCUGUCGCGGCGGUGGGCGCGGGCGGGGGGGCGAAUCCCGCCAAUCCCGGGGGCGAGGCGGGCGGCGGGGGCGGGUUUCCGGCUGACGUCGAGGCGGAGGCCAACUCGUACUUCCAGCGCCUGUACAGCGGUCAGCACACCGUAGAGCAGACAGUGGACAUGUUGACCCGGUUCAGGGGGUCGCAGAUCGCGAGGGAGCGGGACAUAUUCGGGUGCAUGGUCCACAACCUCUUUGACGAGUACCGAUUCUUUCCCAAGUACCCCGAGAAGGAGCUGCGAAUCACCGCGGUGCUGUUCGGUCGGCUGAUCAACCACCAGCUCGUGGUGAGCAUGACCCUGGGCGUUGCGCUGCGAUGCGUCCUGGACGCGCUGCGCAAGCCCAUCGGCAACAAGAUGUUCGCGUUCGGCAGCGAGGCGCUCGAGCAGUUCAAGCAGCGCCUCCCCGAGUGGCCGCAGUUUUGCCAACACCUAGCGCAGGUGCCGCAGGUGCCGCAGGCGCAUCCGGACCUCGCGCAGCUCCUCGGCGCCGCCGCGGAGCAGCGCGGGCUCUCCCAGCUCGGCCAGAACGAGCCGUCCAUGGCGGGCUCCUCCGGCGACCUCGCGGGUGGUCUCGCGGGGCUCAACCUCGGCGGCGAGAAUUCUGCCGGGGUGCCGCCGCCCGCGCCCAGGCCCCCGGUUCCCCCCGGCGCGCCCCCCGCGGAUGAGCAAGCGGGCUCGGGCGGCGGGGUGGGACGAACCAACUCGAUGCCCGCGGUGGCGAGCAAACCCGGGGGCGCGGGUCUCCUCGCGUCGCAGCCGUCGGCGCCCGCGGGUUUGCUCGGGCGGAGCGCCAGCAACCUCGGCCCGAGCGCGCCGUCCGUGGCUGGCUCCGGCUCGGGUUUCGCCACCUCGCUCAACCUCGAGACGCUCGAGCGCGCGGGGAGCAACCAGAACAUCAGCGUCCCCGACGCCGAGACGGUGGACAAGGUUCACUUUGUCGUCAACAACCUCUCGACGCAGAACAUGGACGACAAGGCUGCCGAGGUCAAGGCGCGGAUCAGCCGCGAGCAGUGGCCGUGGUUCGCCGUGUACCUCGUGGUGAAACGCGCGUCCAUCGAGCCCAACUUUCACGUCCUGUACCUCGGCCUCCUCGACGCGCUGAACGAACCCGACCUGAUCAGGCUGGUGCUCGACGCCACCUACAGCAACAUCAAGGCGCUACUCAGCUCCAACAAGAUCAAGACAAACAGCGGCGAGCGAUCGCUCCUCAAGAACCUCGGGUCCUGGCUCGGACAGCUGACGCACGCGCGCAACCAACCGGUGCUCAUGAACGACCUCGACCUCAAGGGUCUGAUCCUCGAGUCGUACCAGACGGGUCACAUGAUUGCCGUCAUUCCGUUCAUCGCUAAGGUUCUCGAGCCCGCGAAGGACUCGAUCAUCUUCAGGCCCCCCAACCCAUGGACGACGGCCGUGCUCGCGCUCCUCAAGGAGAUCUACAGCGAGCGGGACCUCAAGCUCAACCUAAAGUUCGAGAUGGAGCGACUGUUCAAGCACCUCGAGAUGGACAUCAAGACGGUCAAGCCCUCGCAGCUCCUCUACCAGAUUCAGCGCGAGCGCGUGGGCAACCCCGACUUUGUCGCCGACAAGAACGCGCCGGCUGCGCCCCCGACGUCCAUGCCGGGCGUCAUGGGCGGCGCCGGCGGGGUCCCCUACGAGCCCGGCAUGGGCGGCGGCGGCAUGACACCCGGUGGCGGCGGCGCCUUCGGCGGGGGCAUGGGCGGGAUGGGCCAGGGCGAUGGCGGGCAGAUGGGCGCGGACAUGUCCGGCGGCGUCACCGCCGCCAUGCAGCAGCACGUCAAGAUCGCUCCCGCGCCGAACCUCCCGGAGAACGUCCGUCUGGCGCUCGCGAGGCUUCUUCCGGUCGCGCUCACCAGCGCCGUUCGCGAGAUUGUCUCCCCGGUUGUCGAGCGCUCGGUGACGAUUGCGUGCAUGACGUCGCGCGAACUCGUGUUGAAGGAUUUCGCCGUCGAGCCCGACGCGGCGCGACUCCGCAAGGCUGCGCAUCUCAUGGUGUCCUCCCUCGCGGGCUCGUUGGCUCUCGUCACCUGCCGCGAGCCCCUCAAGGCGUCCGUCACCUCGCAGCUUCGAACGCUGCUGCAGCAGGCUGGCGCGUUGCCCCCGGCAGAUCCUGCGGCGCUCGACCAGGCGCUUCAGCAGGCGGUGGUGGACAACCUCGAGCUCGGCUGCUCCCUCAUCGAGCAGGCGGCCACCGAGCGCGCCGUCCGCGACAUCGACGAGGCCCUCGCCCCCGCCGUCCUGGCCAGGCAGAAGCAUCGCGAGAAGCACGGCCCCGCGGGUCAACCGUUUUUCGACCCGGCGUACCUGCAGGGCCGAUUCCCCGGCGCCCUGCCCGAGUCGCUCCGCCCCAGGCCCGGACACCUCGCCCCGGCGCCCCAGCGCAUCUACGAGGACUUCGCGUCCCUGCCGCGCGCGCCCCCGCCGCCCCCGGGCGCGCCGCCCUCGUUCGCGUCGCAGAGGGGAGGCGUCUCCCAGUACGGCGCGCCGCCGCCGCCGCCGCCCCCGGGCGCGUAUCCGGGGCAGCCGCCGCCGCCGCCGGGAACCCCCGGCGGAGCACCCCCGCCGCCGCCCCCCGGCGGUCCCCCCGACGGCGUGGACAUGUCCGGCGGCGUCGCGGCGCUCGCCGCGGCCAUCGGCGUCGGGGCCGACGGAUCUUCCGCGGGCGGUGGGGCGCCCGGCGCUCUCGAACGCCUCCGCGUUUCUCUGCAACGACUGGACGCCGCGUGCGCCACGGACCCGGCGGCGCGGUUCUCGCUCCUGCCGGAGACGCACGAGGCGCGCGGCGCGGUCGCGGACGUCGCCGCCGCGGCGCAGGGCGACGACGCCAGGGUCGCCGUCGCGCAGAAGAUUUUCCAGAAGAUUUACGAACGCUCCGGAAAGUCCCGCCUGCACCGCACCGCGCACGUCGCCGCGCUCGCCGCGCUGACGGACGGGUCCCGCGUCGUCCAGCGCGAGGUCACCGGCUGGCUCGUGUACGCCGACGAGGAGCGCAAGUGCGACAAGGAGAUCACCGAGGCGCUGGUCCGCGCGGGCGUGGUGAGCGGGCGGUUUCUCGCCGAUUUCGACCAACACCUCGCCGAGCUCAUCGCGGGGGGCGCGUCGCGGCUCGCGACGGAGCUCGGCGCCCACCUCGUGCGGCACUGCGUGCUGGUGGAACCGUGCGUCGAGCCGACGGAGCUCGGCGGCGUCCUCGACGCCCUGGCGAAGGCUGCGACGCGGGCGACGGCGCCCGAGGGGCUCGCCGUACUCGUCGAGCGCGCGAGAGCCGCGGGCGACGCCGCGUCGAGCAAAAAGCCCCCGGGAACGAGCGGCGGGCUCUUCGACCCGCAGAAGCCGGACCCGCCCGGGCUCCGCGAGACGGUGGCGCAGACCUUCGACGACUGGGCUCGCGUCCAGGACCUUCCCGCGGGGGACACCACCACUUCCGUUUUUGUCGAGAACCUCGCCAAGGGCAGGCUGCUCCACGGGGACGACGCGCAGGAACGCACGGCUCGCAUCCUCGCCGAGCUCGCCAUGACGCACUGCCUCGGCAGCGAACUCCCGCCGGCGUCCGGCGGGAUGAGCGUCACGGCCGGCCCGCCCGGUUCGCCGUCGCGGCUCUCCUACGUCGCCGUCGACGCCUUCGUUCGGCUCGUCGCGGCGCUCUGCCGCAGACGGGAAGAUCCGAUCAACGCCAGGCUGGCGCUCCUCGGCAAAUCGCUCACCGCGGUGGUCCGCCUCGCGCUCAAGGACGUGGACGAGCGCGGCGCGGCGUUCAACCCGAGGCCGUACCACCGCGCGCUGACGGGCCUGAUGAUGGAGAUGCACGCCCCGGACGCGUCGCUGGACUCCAGCCACCCGCAGGUGCUCGCCGCUUUCGCCACUGCGCUGCUCGCGCUGCAGCCGCUUCGCAUCCCCGGGUUUGCGUUUUCGUGGCUCGAGCUGGUGUCGCACCGGUGCUUCCUGCCCAGGCUGCUGGUGGACCACAACCGCCGCGGGUGGCCGCUGCUGCAAAAGCUUCUCACCGCGGUGCUCAAGUUUCUCGAGCCGUCACUGCGCGGCGCCGAGCUCACCGAGACUGUCCGGCUGCUGUACCGCGGGACGCUGAGGCUGCUGCUGGUGCUCCUGCACGACUUCCCCGAGUUUCUGUGCGAUCACCACUUCAACCUCUGCGACGUCAUCCCGCCGAACUGCAUCCAGAUGCGAAACCUGGUGCUCAGCGCGUUCCCGCGGAACAUGCGACUCCCCGAUCCGUUCACCCCAAACCUCAAGGUGGACUUGCUCCCGGAGAUCACGCAGUCGCCGAGGGUCAUCACCGGCGAAGCCGACGCGGCGUUUCGCGCCUCGCAGCUCAGGGCGGAUCUGGACGCCUACCUCAAGACCCGCUCGUCCCCCAACUUUGUCGCCACGCUGCGCGCCAGGCUCACCCUGGACGCCAGGGCGGCCGAGCGCGCGGGGACGGCGUACAACGUGCCGCUGCUCAACGCAGUCGUGCUCUACGUGGGCGUGCAGGCCAUCGCGGCUAACCGAAAGGACGCGUCGAGCCCCAUCACGCACAGCGCGCCGAUGGAGGUUUUCCAGCGUCUUGCCGCGGAGCUCGACACCGAGGGCAGGUACCUGUUCCUGAACGCCGUGGCGAACCAGCUGAGGUACCCCAACUGCCACACGCACUAUUUCUCGUGCGUGCUGCUGUACCUCUUCGCCGAGGCUGGAAGCGAGGUUGUCCAGGAGCAGAUCACACGCGUGCUGCUGGAGCGGCUCAUUGUCAACAGGCCGCACCCGUGGGGCCUGCUCAUCACGUUCAUCGAGCUCAUCAAGAACCCGAGGUACAACUUCUGGGGGCACUCCUUCACGAGGUGCGCCCCGGACAUCGAACGACUCUUCGAGUCCGUGGCCAGAUCGUGCAUCGCGCCGCCUCCCAAGGCUGAGGGCCAGGAGGGGCCGAUCGCGGCAUGA